AUGACUAGAAUUGCAAUUGCCGGCGCAGGCGGUUUCGCCCAGAUUCUAGCCCAGCACAUCAGCCAAACUGCUCACGCACUACUCGUGCUAUCACGGACCGCCCACCCGGAGCUCCAAUAUUACUGUCCGGAAUCACAAGCCGUAAUUGUCGACUACGAUGAUGUUGAGGGCCUGAGAUAUACACUCCAGGGCGUCGAUCUUGUCAUCUCUACCAUCGGCGGCAACGAACAACUCAACCUCAUCGAUGCCGCGCGAAAGGCCCGUGUGAAGACCUUUGUCCCGUCUGAGUUUGAGGGCAGCCUCAGCCACCGGCCAGCGAUCGACCCUCUCGACCGCGGGUCACAAUCCGCCCUUCAGUUUCUUGAGCGGUGGUCUCAAUCCAAAUCACAUCGGAUGCGCUACACGGUCUUCUCCUGCGGUAUUUUCAUGGAACGAUUUAGUCCAGGGGGGAUGCAGACACUUGGAAUUGGCGCCGGCUGUGGGGUUCAGGGACCCGACGAUUAUCUCGUCAACUUGCAAGGCGCAAGAGCCGAGAUCAUUGCAACAACCCCAAGCGGGACAGAAGCACGGGUUUCCAUGACCUCGGUGCACGAUGUCGCUCAGUUUGUCACAGCGGCUCUGGAUAUAAGCCUCAACAACUGGCCAAAGGAGUUCAAGAUGAGAGGGGACUCCAUGACGGUGCAGGAGCUAGUCCAGGCGUGCUCCAAUACGGUUGGUACACCUUUCAUGUUGGUAACUCGGCAUUAUCAGGAGGUGGAGGCACAGGUUCAAGCUUGCCAGGAGAGCGGUGACUGGGUACAAUGGCACUAUUUUCACAGGUUGCUCCAGACGGCCAGCGAACGGUACCAUAUACGACAGCCGAACCUCAAUGAUCUAACCCAAGUGCAGCCAAUGAAAUUCGAGACGUGGUUGGAAAGCACAUGGUCGCCCAGUCUCUAA